AUGGCGUGUCCCCGCGCCGACGCCGAUGCGGCGGCGGGCGUCGACGUCCCCCCGGGCUUUAAGCCACGCAUCUUCGACGUGCUCACGGGCGCACCCGGCCUCGAGCCCCUCUUCGAGGUGCCCGACAUGCCGCUCUACAUGGCGGCGGCCGCGCCGGGUACGGCCGCGCGCGACGACUCCAAGGCGGCGCUGCGGUUCUGGUGGUCGCCGGCCACGGGCAGCGUCCAGGUGCACCCGCUCGCGCCCCUCGAGGAGGUCUACGCGCGGCAGCACACGGCCUCCAUCGGGAGCCUGUGGCCGAAGCACCACGCGGCCUUCGCGGACUUCAUCACGCGUCGGCGGCCGCGCCACGUGCUCGAGGUCGGCGGCGGGCCCGGCGACCUCGCGAAGCAGCUCGCGGGGCGCGCCGUCGAGCGGUGGACGCUCGUGGACCCGCGCGCGACGUGCCCCGAGCUCGAGGGGCUGGACAUCGUCCGGGCCUUCUUCGACGACGUCGACGAGGGCGCCCUCGAGCCCGUGGACGCCGUCGUGCACUCGCACCUCUUCGAGCACCUCUACGACCCGCGCGCGUUCCUCGGGCGCGUCGCGCGGCUCCUCAAGCCCGGCGGCCGCAUGCUCUUUAGCGCGCGUGGCCGCGCCCCGGACGCGCGGCGCGCGCCGAGCGGCCGCGCGCAUCAGGUGCCCAACAUGACGGGCGCACUCAAGACGUCCACGCAGCCCUCGCUGCACUGGGAGCACACCUGGCUGGUCCACGAGGCCUACGUGCGCUGGCUCCUCGCGGACUUUGGGUUCGAGGUGCGCGACACGCUCGCGUUCGGCGGCGCGCACUCGGUCUUCUACGACGCCGAGUACGUGGGUCCCCUCCCCAGGGGCGCGGGCCCGCCGCCGUGCCUCGGCACGCAGCUCGCGGACCUGGUGCUCGCGUGGAAGGCCGGCCUCGACGCGGACGCGGCCCGCUUCCAAAGGGCCGCGAAGGCCCACGGCGGCGACGCAUUCGUCUUCGCCGCGCACGUGGGCUCGCAGUACCUCCUCCGGACGGGGCUCGACGAGGGCCUCCUGCGGGGCGUGCUGGACAACAACCCUGCGCGCGCAGGCCGGCGGCUCGCGGGCUUCCGCCUGAGCACGGCGCGGCCGGCCGACGUCCUGACGAACGCGACGCGGCCACUGGUACUCCUGCGCCAGGGCGUCUACGAUGACGAGAUCGAGGCCGACCUG